AUGUACAGAGGCAUUAAUCAUAGUAGUGGAGGCGGUAGUUUUCUUCAAUUGUUAUUAAAGAACAAGAAUCUAUUGUUUAUUACAUCGAUUGCCACUACCAUUACAUAUUUUAUAUACAAUGUUUUAUUUAAAACUAAAAGUAUAGAUUCAUCAUCAUCAUCAUCAUCAAAACCAACAACAACAACAGAGACAGAUUCUGAAAAUACAAAAACAACAAAUGUAGAACAACAAACAAAUAUAGAUAAUAAUAAUAAUAAUAAUAAUAGUAAUGUUAAAACAGAUAUAAUAACUUCACCAACAGACAAUAAUAAUAAUACAGUAACAAGUCCAAGAACUAAAAUAAAUAUACAAUUACAAAAACAAAAGGCAUUACCAAUCACAAAAGUGAAUGACCCAAUACAAUUACCAUAUUCUUUGUUAGUCAGUAUAUUCGAAUCACUUUCUUAUAAAGACGUACAAAGACUCAAAAGUGUAAAUAGUUAUUGGAACAAAAUGUUAUGUAAACUAGAUAAGAUAUGGCAAAGAUUUAUCAUUGAUAAAUGGGGCUUCAGUGCACUACCAACUCCAAAACCUGAUAUAGAAUAUGCUAAUUUCUUUAAACUAAAAUAUAUAGAAGAAAAGAAAAGAUUAGGAUUUAAACCGGAACAAUUUAUUAUUUCAGUGCAUGAGCAAUGCUCGGAUUUCACUGAUCCAGCGCGUUGGAAGAUGGAACGAGUUUUCAGUGCUCAAGUGUGGUGGCGAAAGAGAUUGCUGGAGGAGUUGCAAGGUCUUACAUUGACACGUUUGGAGCUCACUGAGAAGGGUCAGUUUGACACUGGUAGUAUUGUCAGUGCCAACAAGAAUCAGGUGGUCGGUUCAUUCCGAUUCAUCGACAGCUACGACGCACGCGCCAAAUUCGAGUCACACAAAUUCCUUGAACUCUCCAACGAGUCGCCAUUCACCGGUGAACUCCUCGGCUACUUUAGUUUCACACUGCACUCGUUGGAGAGUGACGAGCUGCAGCAGUUGAACGCCGAGUUUCUCAGAACCAUUACAUUCCAGACACGUGGAAUCAUCACCAACUUGAAGAACGAAGUGUCGGCACGCUCCAUUCUCUUGGAGACCUGUAAAUUGAAACAUAUUUUUGGCAAGGGUGGAAUGAACGAUGGCGAUUGUCUGCUCGAUACCGACCUACAGAGCACCUACAUAGUGUCGCUCAUCGAAGAGAUUCAAAAGUUCCUCGAUAACAAGGGAAUCGGAUACAACAAGGUCGAAGGUGGUGCCAAAGUGAACUUUGUCGACCAAACCAGUCAUAAUCCAAUUAGAUACACAGGUCACCUCCCAAGUGAAGCGCUCACUCUCGAACUCCCACUUUGGAUCUACAACACAGUGAUACUAUCCAAUCGUCGUUUAUGGGGUAGAAGAUUAGAAUAA